ACCAAGACGCUGGAGAAGAACACACAGAGAGAUAAACCGAUUCUCACUGGAAAACCAUCUGAUUCUUCUCUAGUCCUUUCGAAGCCAUCAGCCGCCAUGUCUUACACGGCUGGCUCUUAUGCGGACAAGUCCUACGCUGGCCGCUCGUACGCGGAUAAGUCCUACAUGGACAGCACUUACACAGGCUAUGAUGACAAGACGGCCAAGACGGUGAUCGAGGAGCAGCUGCUGAAGGAGAAGAAGAAGCGGAAGGAGGCCAUGCACUGUGAGGUCGUGGCUCUGGUCAUCGCCUUCAUUGGCCUUAUCGGCGUCGCUGCAGUGACGGGUCUGCCCAUGUGGAAGGUGACGGCCUUCAUCCAGGAGAACAUCAUCGUCAUGGAGACACGCUGGGAGGGCCUGUGGAUGAACUGCUACCGGCAGGCCAACAUCCGAAUGCAGUGCAAAGUGUACGAUUCCCUGCUUUAUCUGCCGGCGGACCUGCAGGCGGCUCGUGGUCUCAUGUGCACCGCGGUGGCCCUCACGACCAUCGGAGUCGUCGUUUCAGCUGUGGGCAUGCGUUGCACCCGGCUGGUCGACUCCCGGCCUCGCGUCAAACAUAUUGUCCUGGUCACAGGAGGGUGCCUCUUCCUGGCCGGGUGCCUAGCCACCAUCAUCCCCGUCUCCUGGACGGCCAACGUUAUUAUCCAGGACUUCUACAACCCCCUGCUGCUGGACGCCCAACGAAGAGAACUGGGUGAAGCGCUCUACAUUGGCUGGGUGACGAGUGCCCUGCUCUUCAUCGCCGGAGUGAUCCUACUGUGUCGACAUGCUCCCCGCACCCAGGAGAAGGAGGACAUGAACUCAGUGCUGUACAGGGCUGGAUCUGCUCCCUACAACUACCAACCUGGAUACUCUUACCAACCAGCCUACACCGCUUACCAGCCCGCUUACGGCUACCAGCCAGCUUACAGCAUUCCACCACCACCAGGGUCUGUAGCCUAUAGCCGACCUGCAUACUGAUGACGUCAGAGCGCAGAGAUGGUCUCUGCCCCUCUUAGACUGAUGCACUGUGGACAUCUCUUUCACAAAUACAGGUUUCCUGCUCUGGUUUUUAACCUUUUUGAUGGUUGUCUAUUAAUUCCAUUAAUUUAUGUACAAUGCCCAUGUGUCAGAAAUUUGGGGACACCUAGACUGAAUCUCAAGUGUCUCCUUCCUCCCUAAAUAGUGCUCUAAUUUUGGCUUCUAUAGCCAAGUAGUGCAAUAAAUGUUCUAUAGAGAGUCUUUCAGCUUAUGGUUGGGCGAAGAAGCUUUUGACCUACUUAAGAGGUAGGGAGCCAUUUGAGGUCCAACCCAACCCUUUCAAAAUGUUUGUAAUACAUGUUUAAAUGUGUCUGCCAAUAUUAGUCCCAAUGCUGUCUUCCACAAAGGGCUCUUUGAGAGAUGCAAUAGAGGAACCGAAACAGAUUUUCACAUCAUAUGAAGUUUUUGGGUCACUUUAAGAGGUCUUCCUAGAACCUCCAACUUAGGUGAAGUUUCUUUGAACUUUAAAAGGUUCUUCACACCCACCAAUCUUGUUUAGAAAAAUGGUUCUCUAAGAAACCCACUGGUGGGUUUUGGGGAUCCAAAUGUUGGUGCUCAUAACACUUUCCGGCCCCCAUAUUUGGAAAUAAUGCCAAAAAUCAGGCUUUGGGAUAAAAGAGUUUUAAUAGUUUGGAUAAGAAAACUGAAAAUCAUUAUCAAAAAAACUUGCUCUUCAUACUGAGGAAGAUACUUUCAAGCAGAUAAGAUAAAUAAAAGCAGUAGACCAGAGCUUCUAAACCUUUGUGGAUUUUGUUUUUUUCAUUACUUGACAGUAACAGUGAAACUAAAACACGAGGUCCCCAGAUGUGAGAGGCGGUGUCUGUGAAUACGUUAUACUCCUAAUCUCUUAACUCUUGAAUUUUGUUUUGUUUUGCUUUAAAAUCUCAAUUUGAAAUGAAUGUUUUGAAAGGAUCCAGUGGUCAAGGAUUAAGGUUAAGAGCUGAUGCCUUCCGAGAAGAUAUACCCCAAAGAAAAUUCUACACGGACAAUGAACAAUGGAAUCUUGCAGAACACAACUUUCAAAGGACACCAUGCCAAAAUGGGCAAAAGUAAUGUUAUACUUUGAAAUGUAUAAUCAUGUUUCUUCUAGCACUGUUUCAACCAAUUGUUUGUAAUAAAAAAUAAAAAGAAAAGGAAAAAAAAUGAAGGUA